AACCUUCCACCUUCAGCUAUAAGCUGCGUUGGAGGAAAGAUAUUUACAUUUGGUUCCUACCGACUCGGAGUGCACACAAAAGGAGCUGAUAUUGAUGCCUUAUGUGUGGCCCCACGCCACGUAGAGAGAACUGACUUUUUCCAGUCUUUCUUUGAGAAAUUGAAACAGCACGAAGAGAUCAAAGACCUGAGGGCUGUUGAGGACGCUUUUGUACCAGUGAUAAAGUUCAAAUUUGAUGGAAUAGAGAUCGAUCUGCUUUUUGCCAGACUGGCCUUACAGUCCAUUCCAGACAACCUGGACCUGAGGGGAGACUCCAUCCUGAGGAACUUGGACAUUCGGUGUAUCCGCAGCCUUAAUGGCUGUCGAGUGACUGAUGAAAUUUUGUACCUGGUGCCAAACAAAGAGAACUUCAGGCUGACACUGAGAGCCAUCAAACUGUGGGCAAAACGUCGUGGGAUCUACUCCAACAUGCUGGGCUUUCUGGGUGGAGUGUCGUGGGCCAUGCUGGUGGCCCGGACCUGCCAGCUCUACCCUAACGCUGUGGCUGCCACGCUGGUCCACAAGUUCUUCUUGGUGUUCUCCAAAUGGGAGUGGCCAAAUCCUGUGCUGUUGAAACAGCCGGAGGACAGUAAUCUGAAUUUACCUGUGUGGGAUCCUCGAGUCAACCCAUCUGACAGAUACCACCUGAUGCCCAUCAUCACACCUGCGUAUCCCCAGCAGAACUCCACCUACAACGUCUCCACAUCAACACGCACUAUCAUGAGCGAGGAGUUCAAAUACGGCCUCAGCGUCACAGAUGAGAUUCUUCAGGGAAAAGCAGAAUGGUCCAAACUCUUUGAGCCACCCAACUUUUUCCAGAAGUACAAGCAUUACAUCGUCCUGACUGCCAGUGCAUCCACCGAAGAAAACCAUCUAGAGUGGAUCGGUCUGGUGGAGUCAAAGAUCCGUGUCCUGGUGGGAAACCUUGAGAGGAACGAGUACAUCACUCUGGCUCAUGUCAACCCCCAGUCCUUCCCCGGGUCCAAAGAGAACCGCAACGAGAACGACUUCGUGUCCAUGUGGUUCAUCGGGAUCAUCUUCAAGAAAGUGGAGAACGCGGAGAGCGUGAACAUCGACCUGACGUACGACAUCCAGUCCUUCACAGACACCGUGUACAGACAAGCCAACAACAUCAACAUGCUGAAGGAGGGGAUGAAGAUUGAAGCAACGCACGUGAAGAAGAAACAGCUCCACCAGUACCUUCCUCCUGAGCUGGUGCAGAAGAAGAAGAGGAGCAUAGCCGAGUUGAGCCGGAGCUCCAACGGUGGGAGCUCUAAGCGGAUCUCUCUGGACAGCAGCCCCCUGGACAGCUCCAGAGACACAGACUCAGGGACUCCCUUUAGCUCCCCGACCGGCAAACCCCUCAAACCUGCGUCGGACACAGACGACGGCGUCAGCCCUCCCAAGCAGCUUUUUGUGGAGAGCCCCUCAGCACCCAGCGCCGCUCCCAGCGCCGCGUGCAGUGCGGCGUCCAGCACGGCGUCCAGCACGGGCACGGCGUCCAGCACGGCGCCUGCUGCUCAAGACCAGGGCAUGUCCAUCCCCGUCAUUGGCUCAAAGCCUUCAGUUAAAGCGAAGCCUCCCUCCCCGCCAGCCAGCAGCUCCAUCGCCGCCGUGCUGAGCUCGGACGUGCUGCCCAACGCCGCCAGCAGCCCCAGAGAGGAGCCCAACGGCCUGGAGGACUCCGUCAACGGAGCUCCGGCCAAGAGACCGCGCUCGCCCAUAGAAGAGGAGCUGGCCAAACGGCACAAAGACACCGAGGUGGUGUCCAGUGACGACUCUGCUUUUAAAGAGCCAUAUCCACCCUCCUCUGAAUCCUACACACAAGGAGAAGGAGCCAAUAUUACCCCUCUUUCUGGAUCAAAGGCUAAGCCCAUUCCAACCAUUGAUACCUCAAGAACACAGAGACUUCCCAGCAUGGAGCUACCAGACGCCUCCUCGCCUCUCCCAGCCAGCAACAGUUGUCGCGUUGUCAAAAAUUCCAUUAAACUGGCCCUCAACCGCCACAACAUCACACCUCCCAAGCCCCCAGUGUUUGAGGGCACCCUCGCCACUGACGCUGCUCCUGCCAGUGAAGAAAAGGGCAUGUCCAUUCCUGUCAUUGGCUCAAAACACGUGGCAUCCAAACACGCGGUGCCCCCCGUCGGCAGCUCCAUCCCCACGCUAGUGAGCCGAGGAGCUGACCCACUGAACGGAGCCGCCUCCAAGAGACCCCUGUCCCCCUCUCAGGAGGAGCAGGCCAAGAGGCUGAAAGAAACAGAGAAGGCCAGAAUCCACAUAGCCUGAGCACACCACUGUAGACCGGACUCACACACACACACAGAGGUGGGGCUUUACAGUUAAGUCAAACACCGAGAAGAUGACUUCACACGGGGACAGGGAGUGCGUUCAGGUCUCGAGUGUGAAGCAGCAGGACGGACACCUCAAACCUCAAAUCUUCAGAGAUUAUAGAUUUGCCAGCGGAUAGGUGAUUUGGUCAAAGCAGAAGUUGUCAGCUCCCUCCGUCACGCUCGCAGCCAGAGGGCAUUUAACACGGCAGUCACGGAGAUAUCUGACAUGAGAACUAAAGCGACAGUUUUUUUACACGUCUUUCUCCCUCGGUGUUUAAAAAUGUGCACAGUGCAGACGGAAAACGUGCUGUUCUUUUUCAUUUUCCCAGUUUUUUUUCCAGUUAACGUGUUUUAAAAACAGCCCAGAAUACCGACGCUUGCUGCGCACACUUCCCGUGUAUGCCAGUUUUUCUUUUUUCUUUUCUCCCAAACAGAAACCUGUACAGUAAAUGUUGAUGUACAUAACUUUUUUGUCUUAAAAAAAAAAAAAAAAGCAAAAGAUCACUGUUAAGUCUUUUGAUCAUUAUAUUGUAGUUUUAUCUAAAAAUGGAAAAAAAAAAAAGUUUAAAAAAUUGUAAUUUUUUUGUUUUUCUCUAUUGCUUGUCCCAAAAAGAAGUUUGUCUCCAGCCCUGGAUAUUUUUUGUAAACACUGUGUAGGUUUGGAUACAGUUGCAGGGAGGCUUUAUUGAGGGGGUUUGCUCGGAUCUGACGGAAAUCACAACCACGACUCUUUGGACCACCACGACCGCCCCAAACAGGACUCCAGGUUAGUAUCGGACUGCAGGCGAUCAUAGACGUCCGGUGACAUCAGUGCUUCUCAGGUGCCGGUAAGAGCAUUAAAAAAAGAAAAACCAUCAUUAACAACAGGAAAGUGCUUUUUCUGGAUGUGAUGUAAUGAAGCUUCUCAGAGGUUUGUGAGCUCUUGGAAGGAUUUUAGCACCGAACGUGGGAACAACCAUAUCAGAGCUAAUCCUCCCUGUUCAGUGUAGCUUCAGUGUCACGCCUGUUGUUCCUCUUGGAUUAAAAGAAAAAAGGUU